AUGUACAUCAAAGAGUUUUUCAAACCGAUUAAAAAUGAUCUUAAUAGAGAAGAAAUUUAACUUACCAAAUACAAAGCUUGCAAAAUGUAUUUAUUAUAAAGUUAAAUCCCUCAACUCUUUAAGAUAACAUUUACAAACUCAAUAAAUAUGCUAUAAAUAUAAAUUAAUAAACUAAUCUAAUAAAAAAAACUGUUUUUAUUUCAAAAUAUAAAAUCUUUUCUAAUUAAAAUAUAAAAUAUUAGUUCUCUUUUAAAAAUUAAAAAAAUCUUGAUUAAAGCAAAGACCUAACUAACAACAUAUUAAUUAAAAAAUAAGAAAAAAUAAGUUAAAAAUUGA